CUAUACACUAUACGUAAUAGCCAGCUGUUUAAUCAUGUGGCGAUUUUGAGCUUAUAUCUUAACCAACAAAUAGUUAAAAUAUUAAAAUAUAAAAUAGUAUUAUGAAUUUAAACUCUCUGUGAUAUAAAAAGUUAAAUCCUAUUUUAUAACAAUCAACGUGGAUGACUUAUAAAUAAUAUUGUUAUAUUAGAAUUUAUGUUGUUUUAAUUAACAAUAAGUAAUGUUAUUACGUUGUAACUACAUGUUACUUCAAGUGUUGAAUAUACGUAAUAAUUUAUAAUUUGUUGCUUAUUUGUAAACAGUAAAAGUGAAAAAUUAUUUCCACAACGUUUAUGCUAUGUUUUUUAAUUAAUAUAAUGGAAGGCAUUAAUGAUUUGGAACAAUUUCUUGCUGACACUUGGCAUGAUAUUGCUGGCUUUGUAAGUGAAUCUGCAGUCUAUAUAGAUCAUGCAGCAACAGAAUGUCUUCAUUGGUAUACUGGUGGCAAAAUACAUUCCUUUUUUAAGGAUACCGGGGUGGUAUCAAUUUAUGAAUUGGCCAUGUACAACUUUCGUUAUGUCAAAGUGCAGAACUGCAAGAAAGUAGUUAUUAUUUCUACUUCUACCAAUCUAGCUUUUUAUCAACGUACAGUUAAAAUGAUAUUAGAGAAAAAUGCAUUUGAACACUGUACAAUUAUUACUGCUGCACAUUCAAGUGUAUUGAAUUAUGAGGAUACAGUGCCGCUAGAAGAUAGAGUAGAUUAUGUCAAAUUGAAAAGGGAUGUAAAAAGUUGGAUGCAUUCUAAUCAGCAGUCGCAGGUAGACUGUUCGGUGACAAUAGUGUUUCGACCAGUUUUCAUUAGUCUAAUUGAUAAUGGUCUGUUUGUAACACCGCCUCUCAGCGAUCUAUUAUCUCCCUUAAAUAAUGAAUUGUUAAAGAAUUCUGAGAAUACAGUUGAUCAUUUUGUAAAUCUGUUCAACAGUUUAUUGACAUACUUGAAUUUAAAAGAAGAUAUUUAUUCAGUGGGAAAAUACAGCGAAUAUGUUGCUGAAAAAUUAGAAACAUCAUCAAUGGCAAUCGAUCGUAGAAACAAUUUAGUUGGUGCAAAGGGAAAGGGAGUAUCUCUAAUCUUUGUCGACAGAACGUUAGAUCUUUGUACUUCCACUAGUAAUAACACUGAAUCGUUGUUAGCCAGAAUAUUGUGUACCUUACCUCAUUUACCUCAUCAUUGCAAUGACGUUGCAAUAAAUAUGUCUCCUCUGUUUCGCAGCGCACAGAAAUUCGACCAUGUACCAGGAUGCUUGGCCAGCAAUGACAAAACUCUGAUGAAUAUAUUAAUCACAAAGAAACAAAAAGAAGUAUUAGCUACUAUGAAUAAAAUGCUCAUCGACAUACUUUCAGCAAAAGAAAAUUUGAAAUUAAGGGAAAACUUUAAACCAAAACUAACAACGAGGAUCUCUGCGCAUAGUUUAGAGAAGCUCGUAAAUAAAUUUAAAGACAUAGAUGAUCUUCAAGCUAUAUCAGACUCAAGCAAAAAGCUUCAAGCGGUACUGGGAAUUAUUCAAGCCCUAACGUCAGAAAAGACUUCACGAUUAGAGUUAUUAAUUAGUCUCGAGAAACUAGUGUUACAAAACAUAGCUGUGAGUCGAGACUCUACGAGCGUGCUUGGGCAAUUAAGCAAUAUAAUAAAAACUCGCGAAAAACGGGGAUUAGAUACAGACAAUAUAUUGGCACUUUUAGUGCAUAUUUAUGCACUAGUUGGAACUGAAAUACAGUUUUCUCCUCAACAAGAGCAGCAAUUAGAAGAAGCCAUCACCGAUGCUGUAUUUGAGGACACAACAAAAUUUAAAAAAAAUACAAUGAACAGCAACAUGUCAAUGUAUCAACAAACUUUAUCGCUUUUUGGUGUUGCCAAUGCUGAGAUUAUUAAGGAAAAGUCUGCAAAAAUAGCGAAACACAUUAUGAACAUUUUACAUGAAAUAGCACAGCAACGUGCGCCUCUGCAUAAUUAUACUUCCUUGAUGUCCAAAUCGAGUUCUCAAGAGAUUGUUCAACGUAUCGGCAUCUUGCAACAAUUAUUAAAAGAUAUACUCCAUCCAGAUAGAUAUGAAAUUCCGGAUUUACACCAGAGAUCACCCUCAUUUAUUUCUGCUGGAUUCAACUUAUUCUCUAAAGGAAGAAUAAAACACCAUCCAUGUGAUAACAAUUGGAUUAUCAUUUAUGUCAUUGGAGGUAUAACACCAGAAGAAAUAAGAGAGACUAAAGAAAUGAUAUCAUUAUUUAAUACAAACUGUCAAAUAACAAUAGCAGGUUCAAGAUUGUUAAAUCCUUUAGACAUAGUGGACAAGGUUCUUCUCUCAUCAAUCGAUUAUUGAAACUUAUUUACCUUCAGUUAUGUGUUAUUAUCGGGAAUCCAUUUUAUACCAGAAUCCGAGAUUAUAUAAGAAAUCUGUUUUACAUCAUCAGUGCAGGAUUGUACACGACAUAUAAGCUUACAAAUUACAGUACUUUUGCCAA